CAUGACGAGCCAGAGAGCAGAUGCACCGAAAAACAGAGUAAAAAAAAAAGCGACAGGGAACAGCACAUAUGAGGAAACUAUACUUCCUCUUAUGCGGAUGUGAAGCUUCUCUAGUCCGUUAAAAGUGGGUGCACUUUCUUGCUGGGGCAAAAUAAUCCUGCUGAUCAUUGAACAACAAGGAUGCAUGUUUUGUGUGGCCUGUUGCUUUCGGCCUCUCUGGUCCUCGGCCACUCUUCACCUGCCUUAAACAGAGUGUGGGACGAGUGGACAACCCAACAUCGCAAGGCUUAUGACAAUCAGACUGAGAUCGCUUUCAGGAGAGCAGUAUGGGAGAAGAACAUGCAGUUGGUGUUGAGACACAACCAGGAGGCCUCAGCAGGAAAACACAGCUUCACAAUGGGACUCAAUCAUCUGGCUGACAUGACCGCUGAUGAAGUCAAUGAGAUGCUGAAUGGCCUGAAACUGGAGGAGCCAGUUCAUUUCAGCAAUGGCACUUUUAAGGAAGUGAGCGGCUCACCGAUACCUCAGAGCGUGGACUGGAGGAAGCACGGGCUGGUCAGUCCAGUCCAGAACCAGGGGUUAUGUGGCUCCUGCUGGGCCUUUAGCUCUGUGGGAGCUCUUGAGGGUCAGAUGAAGAAGCGAGCAGGUGUCCUUGUUCCUCUGAGCCCACAGAACCUGGUGGACUGCAGCACCUUCGAUGGAAACCUCGGCUGUAAGGGAGGCUACAUCUCUAAAGCCUACAGAUACAUCAUCCGCAAUGGAGGCAUUGACUCAGAGAACUUUUACCCCUAUGAACACAAGAACGGGAAAUGUCGGUAUUCCGUCAAGGGAAAGGCCGGCCACUGCUCUGAUUUCCACAUCCUCCCACAAGGAGAUGAGAGGACUCUGCAGGAAGUAGUGGCUUCAGUGGGACCGGUCUCAGUUGCAGUGGACGCCAGGCUGCCAUCUUUUCAUCUCUACAGAGGAGGUUUAUACAACGAAGCCAACUGCAACCCAAGGUUCAUAAAUCACGCUGUCCUUGUUGUGGGCUACGGCACAGACAGAGGACAAGACUUCUGGCUCGUGAAAAACAGUUGGGGAACUGCGUGGGGAGAACAAGGAUUCAUUCGAAUUGCCAGAAACAAGAAGAAUCUCUGCGGCGUUGCCAGCUUUGCAGUCUAUCCUACUGUGUGAAAAUGAGACCGGUCACCUGAAUCAAAUUUAGGUCACUUCAUUUAUUUAUUUACUAUCAGACACCAGAUGUUUGUUGUUUUCAUAAUCAAUAACAAAACUACAGACAUUGUCCUGAAAAAUACUGUCCUAAAAAAAUCAUUCAUUUCUCAGAUCUGCUUUGGAAGCCACUCUCACUCAUGUUUUGAUUCCGUUUGACUUACUUCAAAGCUCUUAUCUUUCAUUCUGUGAUUAAAAGAAAAUGACUGAAAAAA